GGAGGGGGCCGAGUGAGUGAUAUUUAAACCCCAGAGGUUCUCUCUCUCCCCUCAUCUGUGCUUCAGCUCUCCGGCUGUCUAUCACUAUCUCCUGCACUUCAUUACAGACAAAGGAAGCUCUCCGUAGGCAUUCAGUAGUUUGCUGAACCCGGAGAGAGAAGAUCCAAGAUGCCACGCUCAAAGUGUGAUGUCAUGUCCAAAGAACCAAGCUCCAACUUGGAAAGCGCCAUGCAGAUGCUCAUCAAGACCUUUCAUAAGUAUUCCGGAAAGGAAGGAGACAAAUACACGCUCAGCCGAGGGGAACUGAGGGAACUUCUGACAGAGGAGCUGGGAAAUUAUCUCGGGAAUGCUCAAGAUAAAGAUGCGGUGGAACGAGUGAUGAAUGACCUGGAUUCCAAUAAUGAUGGCGAAGUGGACUUCACCGAGUUCAUCAUCCUCAUGGGGGCGCUGACCGUGGCCUGCAACGACUUCUUCCUGGACAGUCCGGCGCCUAAAACCAAGCCUGAUGGCAAGGGCGAUGCAGCAACAGAGGAAAAGAAAGAGUAAUGAGCGAAUGCUACAAAAACAGAGAGAGAAAACAGAGAGAAGUAUUAUUAGGUUGCAUGGUUGAGAACAAGAGAGUGCACAAGUUUCAUCCAUUUCUUUAAUCAGGACCGACAAACCUAGUUCCUGGAGGAGAUUUCUCUGCUUUUAUAAUUCAACCCAAGCUGUUAAUAUACUUUUAAAGCAAAACUGACAAACCUCAAAGUUCAAAAACUUGGGGGUUUGACAUAAACACACAUCAGUGCAGUGAAAGGAGCUGGUUUGUCUAACGCUAAACUAUUUUUUUUCUAGUUAAUGAGAAGUUUUUGAGUAUAAAAAUCUUUCAGGAUGGGUGCCUUCUGCUUCAUAUAAGAACACAUGACCGCAGACAUUAUAUACAGCUAUAUAGAGUCUGUUUUUGGAUGAAGAUAUAGCAGCAAAGUGUAUUAUGAGUGCAAUCAGUGGCUACUUACUUGUAAGUGUCAAAGCCUGUUUUAGAGAGAAUGGGAUAGGAAAUAGUGUGUUAUGGACAGUUAUGAAUGCUCAUUUUUAAUAAUUCUGAACUGUGACUUGACAAACAUAUGUUGAGGUAUUUAUACUUACAUCUUGAUGAUGAUGUAAUUAUGAAUACCCUUUACUGUUGACAGCAAGCAAUAUUACAUCUACUUCAUGGUUACCAUAAAUUCUGAACAGUGUUCAUGAUCUAUGAAUCUAAUAAUUCAGUGUUGGUUUGUCUCUUUCUUUGCAUCUAUUUUUUAGCCUAUUUUUAUUUAAUAAUCAGUAUGUAUCUUCUUAAUUAUAAUAAACAUGCAACUGA